CCCAACCAAGCCCCUCCACACCCCCAUAGUCUUAGCUUGGCUUUACAAUCGUGAGUCGGUUGCCUCUUGCGACGCUAUGGGGCAAGGGUGCCAAACACCCCCUUGUCGAACCCCAAACACCCCCUUUCUAUUCUAAUGCCGGUUAAUUUCCCGCGUUUAUCCCAACACCUAUAAAACCCUAAAAUCAAAAUCCCCCAAAUCAAUCAAUCCCCCUACAAUAUUCAACCAAUUCAACACACACAAAUCCACCAAAAACAUGCCGCAAUCAGAUCAUUCAGACUCAGAAACCGAAGCAGCAGCCUCCACAACACCACGGAGAAAAUUCAAAGUCAACAGGGGAUCAGAGAAAAUGACAGAGUACGAGAAACAGAGGAUGAAACGAAUCGAAGAGAACAAAGCGAGAAUGAAAGCAAUGGGUUUGGAUAAAAUGGCGUCUUCUUUCAUGGGUUCGAUUCCGAUUUCACAAAACCAGAAGAAGGGAAAAGGCAAAAAGAAGGUUGGGUUGGAAGAUGAUGAUGAGGAGUAUAAGCCAUCUGCCAUUGAUGAGGAAUCAAGUUCUUCGAGCGGGUCGGAUAACGAAGAUGAGGUUUGUGUGUCUCGAUGGAAGCCAAAACAUAAGAACUCAACACCUAGCAAGAAAGUUUCAAAGCUUUCAGGCACCUCAAAUGUUGUAGAUGAUGAUGAAGCUUUAAUGAAGGCCAUUGCUCUUUCUCUACAAGAUUCACUGGGAUUUUUGGAUAUAGAGAGCAAAACGCCGCCUCAAAGAUCUGAUGCAAAUGCGUCAAAUGUUGAAAGAAAGCAGAGUGUACGUAAGGAUGAUUCUGGGAAACGGAAGAGGAAAAACCUGUUCACAAGUCGAGUGCAAAUGACUGAGGAUGAGUUGAUAUUACACUUCUUCCAGUUCGACGAAGCAGGCAAAGGGGGGAUAAAUUUACGCGACUUGCAGAGAGCAGCAGCGUCACAUGAUUUUACAUGGAACGAUGAUGAGAUGGAGCAUAUGAUUCAUUUCUUUGAUAGUGAUGGAGAUGGGAAGCUAAGUCUCGAGGAUUUCACUAAGAUUGUUGAGCGCUGCAACAUGAGACAAGGGUCCGAAAAUGGAGAACGGGCUUCAAUGGCAUCAUGAGCAUUUAUCAAAGAGUGUAUUGUGACCUCUUCAAUGGGUUAUGUCACUGUGUUGAUCCAGUUUGUCAAAAAGAACUCUAGAAGCCUAUUUCUGUUUAGUCGACUUAACUUGUUUCACCAUCCAGGCCUACUAGCUUGAUGAGCCGAGCUUGUCGAGCUCUUAUGAAUCACUAUACAAUUUAUCAUUUUGAGGCGAGUUCAGCUGUAAUGCUGUAAUGGUAUUGAUACGGUCUAGUUGUAUUAAUUUCGUGUUCAAGUA